AUGACUUCGCUCGACGGAGGAGCAAGGAAGAGGAGGAGGCUCGAUGAUUCUAUCCCUGCAAACACUACUCUCAUUACCUCUGCGUCCCAACUCAAAAGCCUCUUCAGUUUUUCCAAAGAAUCUUCAAGCGAUAUUAACAAAGCCGUUGAGAGUUUUACGCAGUUUCUAUCCAGCGUCUCUGGAGAUAAGAAGUCUGGCGAUGGAGAGCGACAACUGAAAAUACUCAAGACUUACUGCGACGAUCAAUCCUCUUCCUCUCAUGACCAGGUCGAUUUUCCGGACCUUCUCGCUAUUUGGUCGAAUGCGAGCCAGUCAAAUGAUGACGCAGCCUUCUCUGCGGUACUGGUAGCCUUGACACAAUUCUUUCAGGCAGUCUCGGGCAAUGUGGACUUUCGUGAAUUUGGGCUGUCACUGUGCCAUAGCCUGCUAAAGCGUGACCAGCUUCGCCUGUUCGACAGAGGGCUCUCUUCACCUCGGAGCAAAGAUCACAUCAUAAGUCACUGCCUACAGUUACUCACUGAAGUCAUCAGCUUCGAUGCAGGUGCCCUUGCAAGCAACGUCUUCGGAAGGAGGGAUCUUCUCUACAGAUGCCUUGAUGGUAUUCUGAACCAGCCUAAACUUGGAGAACAACGCCUCAAAGCCCACGCAGCGGCAGUCGAGUUUCUGCUGGCGAACCUGAAAUUUCUGGACGCAACAUCUAAAGGCGAGCUCAUCACACAAGGAAAAACGUUGCAUGCCGCUUUCAGAACUUUACCUGAUCAGAGCCCUGACAUCAUCAUCAAAACACUGCACACGCUGGAGAAGUCGGUCCUCGGCGACGCAAGCCUGUCUAAACAGUUGAAGAUACGAUGCUUCAAUUCGGGUAACCUCUCGGCAUUGUCGAAGUUGUAUGAUUUCGACCAUUUCGAAUCCGAGGAAAGCACCGACAGAUCGCUUGCUGUCCGCGAAGCCCUCCAGCAUCUACUGCUACAAGUCUGCGCAACACCUAAAGGCGUGAUGCUUCCUCACACAGGAUGGUAUCCUUUGGGACUUAACCCGGACGCUCUCCGGGUGGAUAGUGACACGAUUGAUCUGGGCCUGGAUUCGCCCUACUACUCCGAUGAUUAUGCGGACAAAGUGCCAGUCAAGAACAACUCACUCGCAACCUUCAUUCAGACACUUCGUCCUGAAAAAGAUAUCCUGCAGGCCCAAUUGAUUGUUUCAAUUUUUGCUGCUGGGCCCGAACUGAUUGCCGACUAUUUCACCAAGAAGCGGAGGUUUCUGGUACCUCCUGCAGACGAUCCUUUAUGGCGUGGUCAGUUCGCUUUCCUCUUUUCUGUCAUCCAGCUUCCAGUACCCAGAAACUGUGGCUGGCACGAAAACCCACCGGCAUCACCUCCGCCCCUUUCUGUCGUCAUUGAGAGCAUUCUGCCUCGCCCCUUCGAUCGAGCGACGGUGACGAAAUGUCUUCACUCGGACGAGGAUGUCCUUGUUUUGUCAGCUGCUCGUUUGCUGACGGUUUCACUUGAAAAACUCGAUUCUGUGUUGACGUUGUUCGAACAAGUACAUCCAGGAUUCCGUUUGUGGACGCAGGCUUCCAGCAAGCUGAUCAGUCUGUUCAUCGAAAGAGUCCCUCAACUGCAAGAUGCGAUCACGGGGUUGCAGCGACUUGCAAAAGAAAAGGAGCAGAUUCGAGCGCUUGUACUUGAAUGCAUUGCUACCUAUCACCGUGUCAUACCAUUUCUGGCUGCCGGUAUAAAGUUUGACAUUGGCCCGAUAUUUAUUCAGGACUUGCAAAGGUUGGAAACUGACGACUUGGAUGCGGACACCGAAGAAUUUCUGGAGGAACAGUUGCCUCGUCUUUUACAGAUUGCCGAAAUCUCUCCUGCGACGAAAUGGUUUCACAAACCGAACGCGGAAACACUAUCCUUGAUGGCGCGGGUUCUCAAAUACUGUGUAUCUAAACCGGACAACACCUUCACAAAGAGAGCGAUACCCAUCAUCAAACCCCUACUCCGCAUCAAAGGUGUUCUCAGCCGAAAUACCCAAUCCCUAGAAGCUCUGCUUGCAAGUCUAGCUUCCACUAAGAAAUGGCAAUGCGGACCGACCACCUAUCAAUUCUUGGAUAAUUGUAUGACAAGAACAAUGCAACGGCCUGUCAAAUAUCUUGACCAGGUUGAACAAGAACAAAGGAUGGCGUCAGACUCAAAGGAGGUCAGCCUCGUCGCUUGCUGCAUAUCCGAACAGUGGCCAUUUGUGGUCAAGAGAGGUGACAAGAAGGAAACCAAGAACAUUGCAGAGUGGAUUGCUCGUUUGUUCAGUGCCCUCGAUGCUGCUGGCGAGAAUUAUCGCAUCAUGGCCGUGCUGAAACAGGCAAUGCUGGAAAGCGCACGAGACAAUACCAAAGCCCGCGAAUACCUCGAAGCGGCCUUUGAGAAACAACGAAAGAAACCAGCUACACUACCUGAAACCCUGUCAGAAGAUGUACAGGUGGGAACGUCCGAGCUCGUCGCUGACAACCGCACCCCUGCUCCUUCCCAGGAGGUGCACACCGUGGAUCUCCUCGAAAGUUGUCCACCACUUCCACGUAUCCCAACCUCGAUUUCAGGCCUCGACCGCUGGACCAAGCCCGACUUCGAAACCGAGAUUCAAUCCGGCCGGCUGGCUGAUCUGCUCCGAUGCCUUGUUAACCCCGAGGCCGAGAUUCGUCUACAAGCCUUCCACACCAUCCAGACGGUCAUGCACGCCGUGGAACAAUCCGCAUACCCCGAAAAGACGCAGCUCUACCUCCUUCUAGGCGAGGUCAGUGAGACCAUGCGCGCGUGCGGGUUCGGCCCAACAAACACCGCGCCGCCCUCCAUAGUAGCCGAACUAGCAGCACACCUACUCCCCGUCAUUGCCGACCCGACCUCUCCGUACUACCGCAAGACGAAUCGAUUCUUGCUCCUCGCGCCAAGCUGGACCACUACACGGUUGUUGCCGUACUGGCUCUCGGCGACUUUCCUGGCCGAGCCCGAGGCCGACGACACGGACGUGGGGAACCAGAACGCCCAGGCAUUGGAGAUUGAGCACUUGCUCGACUUGCUCGUUGCGUCGCUGAGGACCGAGGUCGAUUUGGACCUGUUCCGGCGCGAACAUGUGUUUACGCGAUUGAUGAGCCACUUCCUCUCGUCGACGUGUUCGAAGAGCGCGAGGACAAAGAUCCUCCACGUCCUCCACCGUGCCGCCUGUAUCAGCGGUGGAAGCGACACGUUGAUUACACGCACCGGGGCCAGAGAGUGGUUGGCGAUCGCCGCCGAGGUGAGGGAUCACGGCGGACACGGCAGCACGGCUGGCAAGGUCGAUUUGGAUAUCAGAAGUUUAGUGGGGGCAAUCGCCGGGGAGAUUGAGGAGACGUGUAACAGGGAUGUCAUUGAGCGUUGGGAGGCUGAUAGGCCUCUUUUCAGGGUCGAGAGAGAGAAGGAAAAGGAGGGCGGAAAGUAA